UCUGAAUAAUGUGACAUAAGUGUGUGUGUAGUGUAUAUAUAAAACCCAAAGGCAAAAUCAUUUCAAAUCUUUCUAUUCUCAAACACUCUCCGUGUCUCCCUCAUCCCAAACUUAAACCCUAAAACCACACGAACACAACAUAACCCAUAACCAUGCACCACCACACUCCACCACACACUCUACAAAAGAGACGACUGAACUUCUCCGUCAACGACCACAUAGACAUUCUCAUCGAAAUCCUCAAGAGACUCGACGGCCGCUCACUCGGCGUCGCCGCCUGCGUCUGCCGUCUCUGGUCCACCAUCGCCCGCAAUGACUCUCUCUGGGAAAACCUCUGCUUCCGCCACGUCAUUUCUCCUCCUCCUUCCACUGUGCGUCCCGUCAUUGUCGCUCUCGGUGGCUACAAGAGGCUCUACAUGGUCUGUGUGCGGCCUGUACUGAGUCGACUCGGCCGGAGGUUUAGACUCGGUGGUGAGUCGUCGGACCGUGUUAAGCGAGUGUGGACUCGGGAUGAGAUUCAGCUUUCGAUUUCUUUGUUUUGUGUUGAUUAUUAUGAGCGGCUUGGGAGGAUUGGCGGCGGCGGUGGUGAUGCGUCCGCAUCAUCUCUCAUGUUCCUGUGCAAGCCUGUUAACGUCUGAUUUGUUGACUUUUAUUUUUAUUUUUUUUAUUCAUGAUUAUUUGUUUGAAUGGUAAACGAAUAAGAGAGUUUAGAAUAGAGAUAUUUAAUUAGGAUAA